AGUCGAGCAGCGACACUCAGCCGGUUCACUUGCAACAUGAAGAGCGACGAGAUCAUCGAGAAGAUACGCAACAAGUUGAAGGAAUCGGAUCCUGCCCGGCGCACCGUCGUCAACACGUUUCAGUUCAACUUCACCGAUGCGGAUGGUAAUCUCAUCAAGAGCAUGGUCUUUGAUUUCAAAGCGUUGGACAUCUACGAGGGGAGUGCCACCAGUGUCGAUGCACAGGUCACCAUUUCCGAUGAGGACUUCUACUUGGUGGGCACUAAGCAGAAGACUUUCCAGGAGGUGUUGCAGCAGGAGAAGGCUAAGAUCGAUGGCGAUGAGGAGGCUAUCAACAAAAUGCUGGAGAAGUUUCGCAUAAAUUCUCAAAACUAGCUCGGUGUCAAAAGUAAUUAUGCAUGCAUUUCGUUUAUUAUAUGCGACAAUUUAACGUUUAUUGUUUAUUCACUUCACCCCAAUAAUAAAUUAUAACAAAUU